AUGGGUAACAAAGUCGUUGUUAAAUAUGGAACAUCAAAAGAGCUAACUCCACAAGUUCUUGCAUUACUGAAAGCAAGUUCGAAACUUAGUGAAGAAGAAAUCAUAGAUUUACAUGCUGCUUUUUGGAAUGAUUUCUCUACUGGUAGAAUGGAUAAACAAGGAUUUGUAAAAUAUUAUGAAGAAAUAAAAGAUGAAAAUGAUAGAACAAAUGUUUUAUGCGAUCAUGUAUUUGCAGUAUUUGAUAGAGAUCAUGAUGGUACAAUUGAUUUUUAUGAAUUUUUAUUAGCAGUUGCAGCUGGUUCACCAGGGGAUUUAGAUAGUCAUCUUAAUUAUGUUUUUGAAAUGUGUGAUGUUUCAGGAGAUGGACAAAUGGAUUUACAAGAAUUAGCUGCUUUUCUUAAAGCUUCAUUAACUAUUGCAGGCAAAUCGGAUAAAGCAGAUAAUAAUUAUCCAGAAGAACUUGCUGUUGGCGUAUUUAAUACACUUGGUAUUCAUGAAGGUGAAAAAUUAAAUAAAGCACAAUUUAUUCAAGGAUGCAAGAAAGAUGCAGAUCUUCGUGAAUUAUUCGGUGGUGGUCAUUGA